AGUAGAAACCCCUGAAUUUCUCACUCUUUUCUGUUCCUGUCUGUCUCUUUUGUGUCACUGCUAGACACUUCUUUCUUCCGCAUUGCUUCUCUGCAAUUCUUUCGCCGCUUUCUGCGUCCAUUUCGGUCUUCUGACAUUUUGGGUCUUCUCUUUCUCCGAGCUUAGACACGCUCUCUUAAAAGAUUGCUUUUUGAUAACUUCCCAGUGGUUUCUGUGAACUGGGAAAUGAUCACCCCCACUCAAAUAGUAGUGUUGCUGCAUUUGGAUUAGGAAAACCUCGUUGGUCACGAUUCUCGAGGAGCCCCAAGGGUUUCCAAAAAUUCCGUAUCUUUUUGGGUACCCAUUUGAGAAGAGAUCACUGGGUUUCAGCCUGAAAUUAUUGGAGUUACAUGGGUUUCCCUUGAUCUCAGCCGAGAAUCGGUGUCACUAUUGUCGAUGGAACUCAACUGGGGUGGUUGUGUUGUGUGUGCCAACCUGAAUGCUGCUGAUUAGGGAAAAACAAAAAAGAAAGAAAGAAAAGAAUAAAAAUAAGAUUGAAUCUUUUAAAACCCCUUACUAUACCUUGCAAGGUUUGUGCAUGACAUACAUACGUAUACUUAUAAGCCAUUAAAGUAUUUGUUUGUUUGACUGAUGCUGUUUUAUUAGUUUAAUUAUUUAAUUAUGCAUCAAAGUAUUGUUUCUCCCUGAUAAGGACUUGUGAUAUUAAAUAUAAAGUUUUUUUUUUGUUUUUUUUUUGUAAAUUAUUGCUGUGAUGUAAUGUUAAUGUAAGCUUGUUUUCUUCUCCUUUUAUAAUCAUACCGUAGUAUGAUGAGUACUGCGACUUACGUCAGGUUUUCUUCUAUGUCUUUCUACUUCAUUUGGAUUCCAAAGGUUUCCCAGUUAAUAUAGUAGAGUAUGUAGGAAGCAACAUUAGGUGGCUAAGUACCUUAGUUUGAUUUGAGGCCUUUCUGAGUUUUUCGGUUCCGUGGAUCGAUUGAUUCAUCACCAUGCCUUUAUAUGAGUUAUACCGGCUGGCCAGAGAGAAGCUUGGUAAAGAAACUACCAGCACACGUGCUCCUGAUCAAUGUUCCUCGCCAGAGAAUGAUUUUUUUGAGCUGGUUUGGGAGAACGGUCAGAUUUCGAGCCAGGGUCAGUCCAGUAGAGUUAGAAGGAGCCCCUCUUGCAAGAGUUUGCCAUCUCACUGCUUACCAUCUCACAGUCCAAAGGCUAGGGAUAAAGAUGUAGGAUAUGGUAGCUACACAAGGUUGGGGAAAUUUGGGGAUUUAGACUCUGGAUUAAAUGAAAUUCCAAUGUCGGUGCCAUCCAGUGAAGUGGAUUUCUGUCAAGAUGAAGAUGUGUUACCUUGGUUGGAUUAUCCAUCAAUAGAUGGUUCUUUGCAACAAGAGUAUGGUUCUGAUUUCCUUCCCGCCUCAAACAGUUUUACUCUAUUGGAUAAAAAAAGUAAUGGCAAUAUGGCGUUUAGGGAUUCUCAGAAAACUUCUGAAGAACAAGGGAAUGUUUUCAAGGGUUCUUCAGCUGGACAGGUUGAGACUGCCAGACCUAAAGCUAGUAGCACCAGUCAGUUAUUCCCCCCAUCAUUGCAUCAGUGUCAAACAUCUUUUGUUUCGUCUAGAUCCAGAGCAUCAGAUAUAACUGAAAAUAACAAUACGAGUAAUGCAAACCAGGAUGCGUCUUAUGGCAAAAUUACUCAUAUUCUAUCUUCCUCAAGUGAUUUUUCUAACGCAAAGGUGCAGAAGUGUGAUCCACCUAUGAAUAGCAAUGGUUCCAGUUCCACCAUAAUGAAUUUCUCCCAUUUUGCAAGGCCUGCUGCUAUGGUAAGAGCUAAUCUUCAUAGCGUUGGCCUGAAGUCUGGUUUGUCUUCAUCAAGAUCAGACAGUAUGGAAAUGAAGAAUAAAGGUGCUGCUGCAACUAGCAGCAAUCCUCCUGAAUCAAUUCUUGUUGAUUCAAGUGUUGAAUGUUUAAAGGAACCGAUCAUACAAUGCCAGCAGGUUGUGGAGCAAUCCAAGGCUGAUGUGAACUCUUUGCUGCCAAAAUCUGUUGAACAGAAUGCUGUGCCUUCUAAGCAGUCAGAGCCUGCUGGUAAAGAGAGUGCCGCUAAGAUUGAUCUAAUUCCCAAUCAAGUUCCUGGUGACAAUGGCACUAAAGGACAGACAGCUGCUGAAAAAAGUAAGGAGCCAGCAGUAGCCUCUUCCUCUGUUUGCUCUGGCAAUGGUACAGACCAAGGUUCAGAAGAGCCAAAUCAAAAUUUGAAGCGAAAAAGAAAAGACACUGACGACUCUGAGUGCCAUAGUGAAGAUGUUGAGGAAGAAUCAGCUGGUGCUAAAAAGACAGCUGGUGGGCGAGGAGGUGCAGGUUCCAAGAGAAGCCGUGCAGCUGAAGUGCAUAAUCUAUCUGAAAGGAAGCGAAGAGAUAGGAUCAAUGAGAAGAUGCGUGCAUUACAAGAACUCAUACCAAAUUGCAAUAAGGUGGAUAAAGCUUCAAUGCUGGAUGAGGCAAUUGAGUAUCUUAAAACACUUCAGCUCCAAGUUCAAAUUAUGUCAAUGGGAGCUGGUUUAUAUAUGCCUCCAAUGAUGUUACCUGCAGGAAUGCAGCACAUGCCUGCACCACAUAUGGCUCCAUUUUCACCUAUGGGUGUUGGCAUGCAUAUGGGAUAUGGUAUGGGUUAUGGGAUGGGAAUGCCUGACAUGAAUGGUGGAUCUUCAAGAUUCCCUAUGAUUCAGGUGCCCCAAAUGCAAGGAACUCAUAUCCCUGUUGCACAUAUGUCUGGAUCUACAGCUUUUCAUGGGAUGGCCAGAGCAAAUCCUCCAGGGUUUGGGCUUCCUGGACAAGGACAUCCCAUGCCAAUGCCGCGAGCUCCUAUGUUUCCUUUUUCAGGAGGACAAAUGCCAAAUGUUGACCCACAAGUUAAGCAAAGCACUGGUGGCCGUGACUCAACUAGUCAGAUGCCUACCCAGUGUGAAGCAGCAGCUGUUGGAUUUGAGCAAUCUACUUUGGCUCAUAAUAACGGUCAUGCAACCAAGGCUAAUGACAAUGGAUCUGUUAAUCCUGGAACUGGCAGAUAACAUUUUGUGAUUGGUUACGAUCGAUAAAACCGUGCCUAAUGGAAGUUUUAAAAAAUGAGUCCAAAGUCUCUUGCAUUGCAGAUUACCUGCCACACAGGAUAUAUUUCAGAGUUAUUGAGGUUAACCCCAUCACAGUAACUACUGAAUCCUAAUUUCCGGGAUCUGGACAUUGCACGGAUUUUGGUAUCUUGAGCGGUGCAACUCAUUUGUACAUCCACUUAGUUAACUGUUCAAUCUAUUGGCGUAGAAAUUUUAUAUAUCCCUACAAAUAUGUAUUCAAAUGUUUGAUCAGAUUUUUCAUAGUGAUUCUUUGGAUGAAUGAAAUAAUAGUCUUUUUCUCUUUGUC